AUGGAAGAGAGCUUUGUGCCAUUUCACGGAAUCAAGAAUGAUCUUCGGGGGAGAUUUAUGUGUUACAAGCAGGACUGGACUGGUGGUUUCAAGGCGGGCUUCAGGAUUUUGGCCCCCACCACAUAUAUAUUUUUUGCAUCAGCAAUUCCAGUCAUUUCAUUUGGAGAACAGUUGGAUAGAGAUACAGAUGGGGUUCUCACAGCAGUCCAAACCUUGGCUUCAACUGCAUUGUGUGGAAUUAUUCACUCCAUUAUAGGGGGUCAGCCUUUGCUGAUCCUUGGAGUGGCAGAGCCAACUGUAAUUAUGUAUACAUUCAUGUUCAAUUUUGCUAAAGGCAGACCUGAUUUGGGAUCAAAGCUCUUCCUGGCAUGGAGUGGAUGGGUGUGUGUGUGGACUGCUAUCUUGCUCUUUCUGCUGGCUAUCUUAGGAGCAUGCUCAAUCAUUAAUAGAUUUACUCGUCUAGCAGGAGAAUUGUUUGGCCUUCUAAUUGCCAUGCUUUUCAUGCAGGAAGCUAUAAAAGGACUUGUCAAUGAGUUUGGUAUACCUAAAAGAGAGAAUCCGAGGUCAGUUGAGUUUCAACCCUCAUGGAGAUUUGCGAAUGGGUUGUUUGCUUUGGUACUGUCAUUUGGACUUCUGCUGACUGGAUUGAGGAGCAGGAAAGCUAGGUCUUGGCGCUAUGGUUCUGGAUGGCUUCGAGGCUUUAUAGCAGAUUAUGGGGUGCCAUUGAUGGUUUUGGUCUGGACUGCUGUUUCUUAUAUACCAUCACGAAGUGUUCCAGAAGGAAUCCCGAGGCGUCUUUAUAGCCCAAAUCCAUGGUCACCAGGCGCAUAUGAAAACUGGACUGUCAUGAAGGAUAUGCUAAGUGUGCCUGUUCUCUAUAUAAUUGGAGCAUUCAUUCCAGCAACAAUGAUUGCAGUCCUUUAUUAUUUUGACCACAGUGUAGCAUCUCAGCUUGCUCAACAGAGAGAAUUUAAUUUGAGAAAACCACCUUCUUUCCACUAUGAUCUACUUCUCUUAGGAUUUAUGGUCAUAUUGUGUGGUCUAAUUGGGAUCCCUCCAUCUAAUGGUGUCAUUCCACAAUCUCCAAUGCAUACUAAGACAUUAGCUACACUGAAGCACCAAUUACUUCGUAAUCGACUUGUGGCAAUAGCACGCAAAUGUAUGGGUAAGAAUGCAAGUCUUGGGCAAGUGUAUGGCAGCAUGCAAGAAGCAUAUCAACAUAUGCAGACCCCAUUAAUUUACCAAGAACCUUCUGCUCGGGGAUUAAAGGAGUUGAAAGAGUCAACAACUCAGAUGAUAGCAAGCACGGGAAAUAUUGAUGCCCCAGUAGAAGAGACAGUAUUUGACAUUGAGAAGCAGAUUGAUGAUUUGUUACCGGUUGAGGUGAAAGAACAACGGGUCAGUAACCUGCUUCAAGCUAUGAUGGUCGGAGGAUGCGUAGCAGCCAUGCCUUUUAUUAAGAAAAUCCCAACCUCAGUACUAUGGGGUUAUUUUGCAUUCAUGGCCAUUGAAAGCUUGCCGGGUAAUCAGUUCUGGGAGCGCAUCUUGCUGCUGUUCACUGCUCCAAGCAGGAGAUACAAAGUGCUGGAUGAGUAUCAUACCACUUUUGUGGAAAGCGUACCUUUCAAGACAAUUGCGAUAUUUACUGUUUUUCAGACUGCUUAUCUGCUUGUCUGUUUUGGCAUUACAUGGGUUCCUAUUGCUGGGGUUCUUUUCCCUUUGAUGAUCAUGCUUUUGGUUCCUGUGAGACAAUACAUUUUGCCCAAGUUUUUCAAAGCAGUGCACCUUCAGGAUUUGGAUGCAGCAGAAUAUGAAGAAGUUCCAGCUUUAUCAUUCAAUCUAGCCACUGAGGCAGAGAUGAGUAGGACAGCUUCAUUUGCAGAUGAUGGAGAGAUUUUAGAUGGGAUGAUCACGCGAAGCAGAGGGGAGAUCAAACGCAUGUGCAGCCCCAAAGUCACAACUUCUGAUGCGACACCAUCGAAGGAAUUCAAGAACGUUCAGAGCCCCAGGUUUUCUGAUAAGGUGCAUAGCCCACGAGUUAGUGAACUGCGAGGGGAUUAUAGUCCUCGGUCAGGUGGAAGAGAACCAUUUAGUCCGAGAACCGGAGAAUCAAGACUAUCAAAUUUAGGAAAGGGUGGUUAUGAUUUUGAUAUCAAUAUCAAGAAUUGA